CUAGCUGGUCCUGCUGGGGAGACAUAUCGAAGCCACUUCUGCAAACCGCAUCACUGCUGGGUCCAAUGGCACUUGUCUGAAGUGUGCCAGUUACAAGGCUUAAGUACAUUACAAGAUAUUGCUUGCAUGCGCCUCAGGUUUUAAUUAAUGAGUGUCCUUUCCACCGAGCAGCGCAAACUUGUCAGAUCUGUUGUUGGGCAACUUAUUUACUUGGAGCCGCCUCAACAGCUGUCCCCUCCUUAAAUAUCCAUCAUGAUGUGGCCGAUCCCUGCAGGAGAAAACGUCCCGGCAGACGUUUGAACUGACAGCAGUCUCUGGUCAUCCGUGCCCUCGGGCCGUCCUGGCGUGGCGAUGGGCCCGGCCACAGUCACAACAAUAGCAGAACAGACAUCAGUGAUGGUAGGGUGGCGUGAGAGGGAUGGGCUGCACCACAUCACCACCAGCCCUGUACUUAGCGUCGGUCUAUGGAUCUUUAAUAAACGGGUGCAUCGCGGCAGACAAACACAGGAACACACAGAUCUUUCCUAGUCGAGGAUGUUGAGAAAAAGCCCUUUGUGCUCCGGGCCGUACGUGGGCUGACCCCUGACCUUUGCCCGCAGCCCUGGUCACAUGAUUCGUCGUGUGAACGUCUCGGUCACAAUGUGGACCACAGAUUCGCCGGAGUACAAUUACAUCAUGUCAUCCUCAGGGUUCCCCACCAGUUUACCAUGAACUCAUGAAGUUCACGGGUUCAUGCCGAGGCUUCAGCCUCGACUGACAAGCAGUUAAAUGUAUUUGAAAUUCGCCAACAACCAUGUGUCAUACUGCAUUGAUGAUUUUCUGUCUGUCCUGAUGAUGUUUGUGCACAUAUAGUUGCUUUGGAAAAUAAAACCGUAGUUAAUUCUUGUGUUUAUUGCCUAGUUCAAAAUAUAUAUAUUCUGUUUGAAUGACGUCAACUAACCUUAUUGUUUAGCCUGUUUUUUUAUCGUCUACUCUUUUGGAGCCGACCCGUUAAUGAGCUUACUCAUUACAUUCCAUCAUUGAACCAGUUCCUCCUCAUUGGCAGCAAGGUAUGCCUGUUUAAAUAACCAAUGUUGUAACCGUAUACAGUUGUUUGAGGAGCUUUCAAUGUCUCAAUAGUCAAGAAGAAGAGAUGCUUUUUGAAAAGACAGAGUAAUUGAAAAUAGCCUGUAACUAAAAGGAAAAUGUAUUGAUUUUGAGUAAACUAGAUGUAAUUAAAUCUCCCACAUAAAUGCCUGUAUUGCAUUUCAAUUUAAAAUAUGUGGGAAAAAUUGAAAGUCGAUUUACUGUCUGAUAACAAAUAAUCGAAUUGAAUUUAGUCAAAAUAAAUACCUAUGAGAAAAAUACUGAAAACUGAUCAAACUACAUUGGUGUGUAAUAACAACAUCCCUGAACGAAUUAACGAACCAGCGAGAUAUUUUUAGCUUGUUUUGUCCAAUAUUUCUACGUUUUGCGUUUCUUUCUUUUUUGCAGCAGCACUGCCCUCUUUUGGAAAAUAGCCUUAACUACAACAACAGUAUCAACCCUUUCACAUCCGGGUAAUCCAUUCCUCUUCCGCGUCAGCGCCACACACCAGUCACGUGACCCGUGCUGCUCUCUUCAGGUUACUAUGUAUCACCAACCUGUGCUGAAAAACAGAAGAACACUUCUCGAAAGAGCAGAAAAGUUCACGUCUGACGUUUAUUUCACGGACUGCAACCUCAGAGGACGACUCUAUGGAGAUUGCUGUCCUCUGGAGUCCCUGUCCUACUUCCUAUCAGCCAAACGGAUCAGUUUUUCUGAAGCUUCCUCGCAGAAGUAUGAACCCUAUCAAGUGGGAGAGUCCUUUGGACCAACGUGGUGGACUUGUUGGUUUAAAGUAUCGAUGAACAUCCCGGCUACCUGGCGAGGGCAGGAAGUUCACCUUCUGUGGGAAAGUGACGGGGAGGCGAUGGUUUGGCGGGAGGGUGAGCCCGUGCAGGGUCUGACCAAAGAGGGAGAGAAGACCAGCUACAUACUGACGACGUGCCUGAAAGACGAUGAGCCUCACAGUGUCGACGUUUUCAUCGAGCUGGCCUGUAACGGGCUCUUUGGAGCCGGAAAUGGAUCCAUGAUCGCUGCCCCGGACCCGAACAGGAAGUUCUCCGUGCAGAAGGCGCAGCUGGUUGUUUUCAGACGGGACGUUCGCGAGCUGCUGACGGACUUCGAGCUGCUGAUCGAUGCUGUGAAGGAACUUGGCGAGGGAGAGCAGCGGAGCUACCAGGCGCUUUUCACCGUCAAUGAGAUGGUGAAUCUGUGUGACCCCGAUGACCCCAGCUCCUUCCCGAAAGCUCGCAGCCUGGCUCAGAGCUUCUUUGGUCAAAGGAACGGACAGAGCCAGCACACGGUCCACGCCAUCGGCCACUGCCAUAUCGACUCAGCUUGGCUCUGGCCCUACGAAGAGACGAUUCGCAAAUGUGGCCGCAGCUGGGUGACAGUGGUUCGGCUCAUGGAGAAGAACCCUGAUUUCGUCUUCGCUUGUUCUCAGGUGAGUUCUAAGUCCUGUCACAUGGCCUUUCAUGCAACCGGUUCAUCCAUUCAUCAGGCCCAGCAGCUCCAGUGGGUGAAGAUCUGGUACCCUGGACUCUACUUGCAGAUUCAGCACUUUGCCAAAAAAGGCCAGUUCGUACCAGUCGGGGGCACGUGGGUGGAGAUGGACGGCAAUCUACCCUCUGGUGAGUCCAUGGUCCGGCAGUUCCUGAUGGGUCAGCACUUCUUCAACCGAGAGUUUGGGAUGUUUUGUAAAGAGUUCUGGCUCCCGGACACCUUCGGCUACUCGGCCCAGCUCCCUCAGAUCAUGCGCGGCUGUGGAAUCUCCAACUUCCUCACACAGAAGCUGAGUUGGAACCUGGUCAACACCUUUCCACACAACACGUUUUUCUGGGAAGGCCUCGACGGCUCCAAGGUCCUGACUCACUUUCCGCCUGGGAAUUCCUAUGAGAUGAAAGGCAAAGUUGAAGACCUGGUGAAGACGGUGAGGAACAACAAGGACAAAGGGCGGGCCAAUCACAGCGCAGCGUUGUUUGGGUUCGGCGACGGAGGCGGCGGUCCAACUCAGCUGAUGCUUGACAGGCUCAAGCGGCUCCAGGAUACAGAUGGACUUCCCAAGGUGGUCAUGUCGAGUCCAGACCAACUCUUCUCUCAACUUCAGGCAGACUCCGACCUGCUCUGCACUUGGAGCGGGGAACUCUUUCUGGAGCUCCACAACGGCACCUACACCACCCAGGCCCAGAUCAAGCGAGGGAACCGCCAGUGUGAAGUGCUCCUCCAUGAUGUGGAGGUGGCCUGUGUUCUGGCUCGCUGUCGUGAUGCUGCCUUUCAGUAUCCAGCAGAGAAGCUGCAGGAACUCUGGAGACUUCUUCUUCUGAACCAAUUCCACGACGUCAUUCCAGGCAGCUGCAUCGAACUGGUGGUGGAGGACGCGCUGAGAUACUACGAAGAUAUCCGCACUGACGGUGCCGCCCUGCUGAAGGAGGCCUGCACUGUCCUGGCCUCCACCGGCGACUUCACCGGGGCGCUGAACUCCCUGCCCUGGGAGCGGCAGGAGGUGAUCCAAACCGAGGAUGGACCGGGGAAGCCGGCGCUGGCUCUGGUGAAGGUCCCGGGCGUCGGGUUCACGCCUGUCCGAGACACGGAGCCUACAGACCCGGUGUCCGUCACCGUCCAGGCGGACGGUUCGGUGCUGAUGCAGAACGGGAUCUUACAGACGGUGGUGAACAAAGAUGGAACUCUGGCGUCUCUGAGCUUGAUCGACGCCAACCGAGAAGCCAUUUCUGCUGGUUGCCUCGGCAACCAGUUAGUGCUGUUCGACGACGUGCCCCUGUACUGGGACGCCUGGGACGUGAUGGACUACCACCUCCAGACCAGGAAGCCGGUGCAGGAGGUGGUGCAGCCGGCUCACGUGGUGACUUCGGACGCCCUCCGCUGCAGCGUCCGCUUCAGCCUCAGGGUCGGCUGCAAGAGCACCGUCACGCAGGAGGUCAUUCUGGACGCCAUGUGUCCGUACGUCAAGUUUAAGACUCAGGUAGAGUGGAAGGAGUCUCACAAGUUCCUGAAGGUGGAGUUCCCAGUGCAAGUCCACAACCCGAACGCUACGUACGAGAUCCAGUUCGGGCAUCUGCAGAGGCCCACGCACAGAAACACGUCCUGGGACUGGGCCAGGUUUGAGGUCUGGGGUCACAAAUGGGCCGACCUGUCGGAGCACAACUUCGGCGUCGCGCUGCUGAACGACUGCAAAUACGGAUAUUCCGUCCACAGGAACACGAUGACGCUCUCGCUGUUGAGGUCGCCGAAAGCUCCAGACCAGAAUGCUGACAUGGGGACCCACGACUUCACGUACGCAGUGAUGCCACACACAGGAUCCUUCCAAGAGGCCUCCGUCAUCCAGUGCGCCUACAACCUCAACCACCCUCUGAGGAUCUUCCGCUGCUGCUCCAACCUGGUGCCCUGGAGCGCCUUCUCCAUCAGCGCCGCCGCCGUUGUGCUGGACACCAUCAAACAGGCUGAAGACCGGAGCGACGCUCUGGUGGUGCGACUGUACGAGUCUCAUGGCAGCAGUGUGACGGCCACUCUCAGGACUACGCUUCCGGUCAAGGAAGCUUGGCGGUGCGAUCUGAUGGAGCGACCGGACUCCGCCCAGCCGGUGCCCGUCCCCUCAGAGGGAAUCAACUUGAACUUCAGCCCCUUUCAGAUCGUUUCUCUGCUCCUGGUGCUGUAGCCGAGGCGGAAAGGGAAACGUCUGCUCAUGUUCCGCACCACUUCAGUGUGAUCACUCACCUCCCCCCAAACCUUUCUUCAUGCCCGACAGGUCAGUCCUUCACCUCAGCUGCCGUGCUCUCUCAACACCAACCAAGCCAAGCUGUGUUCAGGUGCUAUCAGGAUUGGAAGAGAAGGUUUUGGAAUCCUGACAGCAUCUGAACGCAUCAUUGCCAUGAAUCUGAGUGCAGGAGUCGAAGUGAGCAACAGAGAGUGAAUGGUCUGGUCACCUGAGGACAGGAAGUGAUCAUUGCAAAAAGAAAUCAAUUGAAGGUGUGUGGACAGAAGAUGCUCAUUUUCCCUUCGUUCAUAGAGGUUUACAAGGUUUCUGGACGUGUUAAAGAACUUCUACCUCGCCACUUUUUAUAUUGAUUCCAGUCCCACUUUCAGGCCUUGCAUGACGGAACCACUGUAAUUGUGUGGAGGUAUUGUGAAGAAACUCACUCCAGAGUUGAAAUGUUUCGUAAGAAGCCCCCGGGUGGAUGAUUUAUAUAAAAUCUUUUAUUAAAAUGAUAUA